GCUGCCCUCGCUGCUGGGUCGCAGCCCGCCCUCCCUGCUUCCGAAGCUCGCGGCCGGCCCCCUGCCCUCUUGGGCCGCGGCCCCAGCCCCCUCCCGGCCCUCCAGGUGGCAGCCCGCUGCCCUGGCCGUCUCCGCGCCAGCCCCGCGAGGAUCGCGUAUCCCUCCGGUGUCGGCAGCCGUGUGGGUCGGCAGGGAAGGGAGAGCGCUGAGCAAGGGCCCAGCGACUGCUCCCGAUUUCUGCAUAUCCGCCCGUCGCCACUGGGGGCUCCCGGGCCGAAGAGCUCGGCGGGGAAGGUGCGCACGGCCCGGGGAUCCCGGGCACCUCCCGCCGCUGGGCUUUCUCCACCUCUGGCCCGGCGCUGCCUCCGCAGCCCGCCCGGCUCCCUCCCGGAUCUGUGCGUGCGAUCGCUCUGCUUGUGUGUGUGUGUGUAUCUACGUGUGGCCGGGUGCGCGCGUGUGCGCGCGCGCGGGGGGCACUGUGCAUGCGGGGAGUGCGGGGGAGUGUGUUUGUGUGUGUGCGUGUGGGUGUGAGUGCCUGGUUCGCUCUCGCUGAGACACACACACACACACUCACACACACACAACCCGGCUGGCUCGUCUGAACUUGAAGACACCCCACAUUCCAAGAUGCCCGAGGUUCCUGGGAAUGCUCGGGGUUCUUCGAUAAGGAAAAUCUUACCGGCAUCUUCCUAGGGAGGGAUCAUCAUUUUCUGUUUUUUUUUUUUUUUUUUUGUCUUUUAAAUCUGGAAGAGAAGAGAACAAGUUGUGCUUUUUCCUCCCUUCUUUUUGAUAAACACCAUGGAUAUAACUGAAUAAGCCGCUCAGGGCUCUCCCGGCGUGGACGUCCGAGGCCACCAUCUGCGUUCGCGGGGCCGAAGGGCUGAGCUGGGGCCAGUCUGGGCGGAGAAGGAUGCGCGGCCGAGCCGGAGAGCCCGGGCGCCCAGCGGAGCCGGCCUCGGAGCCUCCCAGCCGCGGGUAGAUGCCGCGCUAACCAGGUGAGCCCUAACCCCAAGAUGGGUGUCCUCAUAAGAGUCAGAAAAGGAGACGACGGUGCAGAGAGGCCCAGAGAAGACAGCCACGUGAAGACGGAGGCAGAAAUUGGAGGGACGCAGCCACAGGCUACGGGAUGGGACACCAAGGAUUGUGAGGAGCCUCCAGAAGCCAGAAGAGGAGUGAAAGGAUUCCUCCCUGAGGCCUUCAGAGGGAGCAUGGCCCCGCCAGCACCUUGAUUUCAGACCUCUGUGCCUGAAGGCCUGCAGACUGUGGAGGAUAAAUGUCUGUUGUAAGCCACCCAGUUUGUGGCAGUUGGUUACAGCAGUCACGGAAACUAAUACAGUAGGAUCAUGACUUGCCUGAAAGCACUCGGCUCUCCCUUUUCCAGUGUGAUAGUUUCUCUCACUACACCUAUUCCACCCUAUUGACCUGCCUGAAGACCCCAUGUGUAAACUACCAACAACGGUGUAUGUGCCUCCUGUCCGCUCUAAAGGAGACCGGUUUCCAGGAGGCACUGCAGCCUGAAUGACCAGACCAUGGAGACUCUGCUUGGUGGCCUGCUGGCGUUUGGCAUGGCGUUUGCUGUGGUUGACGCCUGCCCCAAGUACUGUGUCUGCCAGAACCUGUCUGAGUCAUUGGGGACCCUGUGCCCCUCCAAGGGGCUGCUCUUCGUGCCCCCUGACAUUGACCGGCGGACAGUGGAGCUGCGUCUGGGUGGCAACUUCAUCAUCCACAUUGGCCGCCAGGACUUCGCCAACAUGACAGGGCUGGUGGACCUGACCCUGUCCAGGAACACCAUCAGCCAGAUCCAGCCCUUCUCCUUCCUGGACCUCGAGAGCCUCCGCUCCCUGCACCUCGACAGCAACCGGCUGCCCAGCCUCGGGGAAGACACCCUGCGGGGCCUGGUCAACCUGCAGCACCUCAUCGUAAACAACAACCAGCUGGGUGGCAUUGCCGACGAGGCCUUCGAGGACUUCCUGCUGACGCUGGAGGACCUGGACCUCUCCUACAACAACCUGCACGGCCUGCCCUGGGACUCCGUGCGGCGCAUGGUCAACCUCCACCAGCUGAGCCUGGACCACAACUUGCUGGACCACAUUGCCGAGGGCACCUUUGCUGACCUGCAGAAACUGGCUCGCCUUGACCUCACCUCCAACCGGCUGCAGAAGCUGCCCCCAGACCCCAUCUUUGCACGCUCCCAGGCCUCUGCUCUGCCUGCCACACCCUUUGCUCCACCCUUGUCCUUUAGUUUUGGGGGGAACCCGCUGCACUGCAAUUGCGAGCUUCUCUGGCUGCGGAGGCUUGAGAGGGAAGAUGACCUGGAGACCUGUGGCUCCCCGGGGGGCCUCAAGGGCCGCUACUUCUGGCAUGUGCGCAAGGAGGAGUUUGUGUGCGAGCCUCCUCUCAUCACCCAGCACACGCACAAGCUUCUGGUUCUGGAGGGCCAGGCGGCCGCUCUCAAGUGCAAGGCCAUCGGGGACCCUAGCCCCCUCAUCCACUGGGUGGCCCCUGAUGACCGCCUGGUGGGGAACUCCUCAAGGACCGCCGUGUAUGACAACGGCACCCUGGACAUCCUCAUCACCACCUCGCAGGACAGUGGUGCCUUCACAUGCAUCGCUGCCAACGCCGCGGGGGAGGCCACAGCCACGGUGGAGGUCUCCAUCGUCCAGCUGCCUCACCUCAGCAACAGCACCAGCCGUGCUGCGCCCCCCAAGUCCCGCCUCUCGGACAUCACGGGCUCCAGCAAGGCCAGCCGCGGAGGCGGAGGCAGCGGGGGCGGGGAGCCGCCCAAAAGCCCUCCGGACCGGGCGGUGCUUGUGUCUGAUGUGACCACCACCUCAGCCCUGGUCAAGUGGUCGGUCAGCAAGUCAGCGCCCCGGGUGAAGAUGUACCAGCUGCAGUACAACUGCUCGGAAGAUGAGGUGCUGAUUUACAGGAUGAUCCCAGCUUCCAACAAGGCGUUCGUGGUCAACAACUUGGUGUCAGGAACAGGCUACGACCUGUGCGUGCUGGCCAUGUGGGACGACACGGCCACGACGCUCACCGCCACCAACAUCGUGGGCUGUGCCCAGUUCUUCACUAAGGCGGACUACCCGCAGUGCCAGUCCAUGCACAGCCAGAUCCUGGGCGGCACCAUGAUCCUGGCCAUCGGGGGCGUCAUCGUGGCCACGCUGCUGGUGUUCAUCGUCAUCCUCAUGGUGCGCUACAAGGUCUGCAACCACGAGGUCCCCGGCAAGAUGGCAGCUGCCGCUGUCAGCAACGUGCACUCGCAGACUAACGGGGCCCAGCAGCCUGCUCCAGGCAGCGUGCCUGGCGGGGCUGCGGCGCAGGGGCCGCCCAAGGUAGUGGUGCGCAAUGAGCUCGUGGCAUUCGGUGCCAGCGCCACCCGCGGCAGCAACUCCUCUUCCUCCAGUUCGCUGGGCAGCGGGGAGGCCGCGGGGCUGGGACGGGGCCCCUGGAGGCUUCCGCCCCCCGUGCCCCGCCCCAAGCCCAACCUUGACCGCCUGAUGGGGGCUUUUGCCUCCCUGGACCUCAAGAGUCAGAGAAAGGAGGAGCUGCUGGACUCCAGGACUCCGGGCGGGAGAGGGUCUGGGACACCGGCCAGCGGCCACCACUCGGACCGAGAGCCACUGCUGGGGCCGCCCGCAGCCCGCGCCAGGAGCCUGCUUCCCUUGCCCCUGGAGGGCAAGACCAAGCGCAGCCACUCCUUCGACAUGGGGGACUUUGCGGCUGCUGCCGCCGCAGCAGGAGGGAUCGCCCCGGCUGGCUACAGCCCCCCUCGGAGGGUCUCGAACAUCUGGACAAAGCGCAGCCUCUCUGUCAAUGGCAUGCUCUUGCCCUUUGAGGAGAGUGACCUGGUGGGGGCCCGGGGAGCUUUCGGCAGCUCUGAGUGGGUAAUGGAGAGCACGGUGUAGGCCUGGGGGCGUGGGCAUCCUCCCUCCAGCCCUUGCAGGGUGGAAGAAAGGGAAAGGAUAGUUGUGGUCAGUCUUUGUGGAGCUUCCAUGGUGAUGUUUACAUCCAGGGACCGUUUCAUCUCCCUCUCAACGCCCCCCACCCCCACCCCCACCUUCCUAGGCCUGUCCCCACCUCCCAGCUGGGCUGUGCUCAGGGAAUGCAGACUGGAUUGCUGAAAUGUCGGACUGAGCCCUGAGUGUUUGGAAAGGCGGGACCCCCUCCUUUCUAAGCACAAAUGUAGCGCGUAAGCAAGCGGCUUUGGAUUGCCUUUGGUUUCAGUGUUGUUUUUAUUUCUUAAUUUAUUUUUUUCCACUUCCCGGACUCCUCCUAUUCAUUCACACACAUAAUGGAAAGUUUACAUGUGAAAGUGGGUUCCCAGCAGCCCUGGCAGUGGGCAACUAUUGCCAAUUGACAAAAAAGGGAAUGGUUCUGGUUCUGCAUUUGUUUGGGGGGACAAACCCCUGUCCAGACCCCUCAUUAUUCCCAACCAUCCUCACA